AUGACGACCAGUCGCUGCACUCUGUUGCCGGAGGUGCUGCCGCAGCAUUCUAACUCUGCCCACACGGGGAGCUGCUUGAGUGACAGGGACUUUGAUCCAAUGGGUAGCCUGGACUGCCCGACAGAGCCUGACCUCCCAGGAAAAGCAAUGGAAGAGCAGAGCAGUCCUGCCAAUGGAGAGCCACAGUACUACAUGCAAAUGUCUGCCAAGGAUGGGCAGCUGCUGUCACCUGUCGCGGGAGCGUACGCCAAACAAAGGUAUGGACCUGCCAAACAUGGAUGGAAUAGAGUUUUGGACGAGAGGGGAGGGGGUGGUGGGUGGUGGGGGUCAGAGGUAAAGUGAACCUAAAAUACUCUUUUAUUUUUAUUUUGAGGAAGCUAGUUUUAAAUAUAUACCCAAAUACGACCAAACACAAUUUCUGAAUGGUAACAAAUCAAGUGCCUCUCAAAAGGAUUUCCCCCUCUAUCUGUCUGGGAUGGCUCUAUUGUUCUCUGGACACAGUUGAAAGAGGACCAUAUAGAUCAGAUAGAUGAGUAACUUGGGCUUCAGACAGCUACAUAACUUACAUACCAAUCACACUAUCUGGCCCUAUGGGGUAAAUGUCUGUACAUUUGAAACAAAACAGAUGUGCUGUUCUUGCCGGAUAGUGCAAAGUCUAAAUGUAGCACCUUGAUUAGCAUGUACGCCUGACGGGACUCUUUGUCACACACACACACACACACUCCUAUGGGAGACAAAAGGGGGUUUUAGCGGCAACAGCUGCAGUCAUGCAGACUGGGUCACAACUGUUAGACCCCCCCCAAAGCCUGCUUUAUAAUCAGCCUGUGGCAUAGAGCUAGCUAGCAUAGAGUGGCUUAGAGAUAGAUAGCAUAGUAGCAAAGAGGUAGCUAGCAUAGAUUGGCAUAGAGCUGUUAGCAUACAUUAUAGAAUUGGGAUCAAGUUCAUUUGCUACCUAUUACAUAAUACCUAUUACAGACUAAAUUGCCAUGGCAGCUACAACGUACAAUGUAUUAUUUAAUAAAUACUGAUUGAAGGAAAUAGGUAUGUGCUAGCCUGGUCUCAGGUCUACUUGUACCGUCUUUCCAACUCUAUGACUGGUCAUUGGCAAGACAACACAAACAGAUCUGGGACCAGGUUAUAAAUAUGCCUUUUUGUCGUAUAUGUCUAAUAUAAAGUAAUUGUUGUCAUGUUUGUUCUGUUGAUGAUCAACAUGAAAAACUAUUACCAGAUUAGGUUUAAAGGCUUUUAUUACACUUUAAACUGACGACGACUCUAAAGUAGUUUUUCUCUAGCAAAAUCUUCUUAUUCAUUCUUUUGUCUGACAAGAUGAUGUUCAUUCUGUUGUGUUAGUUAUAGGCAGCGACCAGUGUUUAUGUUCAAGGGGGUGAUUUGUUGAGUGAGGGGCUCAUUCAUUCCGUCAAAGACAUUGGCUUAGUUUCCUGAUGAAAUCAAGGCGAUCAACAACCCGACAUAAUCAUCAUCCAGAUUAGAGGAUUAGAUGCCAUAUAGGAGAUUGGUGAAUCAUAGAAUCAUAGGUUACAGUCCAUAUAGUAAAUUUAAGUAAUACAAUCCUCAUUGCAUAUGUUGUUUUAAUCCAGAAAAUGUUUGAUUUGAGUCUGUAAUCUAAGAGAUGUACUGUAUGAAUGCAUGUUCAGUACACAGACAGAAUAGACAGGGUAUUCUAACAAUGUGUGACAGCCAACUCUGCUGACAGCGUCAAAUUACACCAACACCCUCCCAGGGUUUUGUUAUUUUACCAGCUAGUUUUCUAUCCACUGAAAUAUCGACCUGAUAUUUUUGAAAACCUCUAGUCAGUGAAUUGUGAGCUCCUAUUUUAGUUGUUAUUGUUCUCAGAAAGGGGGAAGGAGGAUCCCUAGUCAGUUGUUAUUGUUCUCAGAAAGGGGGAAGGAGGAUCCCUAGUCAGUUGUUAUUGUUCUCAGAAAGGGGGAAGGAGGAUCCCUAGUCAGUUGUUAUUGUUCUCAGAAAGGGGGAAGGAGGAUCCCUAGUCAGUUGUUAUUGUUCUCAGAAAGGGGGAAGAAGGAUCCCUAGUCAGUUGUUAUUGUUCUCAGAAAGGGGGAAGAAGGAUCCCUAGUCAGUUGUUAUUGUUCUCAGAAAGGGGGAAGAAGGAUCCCUAGUCAGUUGUUAUUGUUCUCAGAAAGGGGGAAGAAGGAUCCCUAGUCAGUUGUUAUUGUUCUCAGAAAGGGGGAAGGAGGAUCCCUAGUCAGUUGUUAUUGUUCUCAGAAAGGGGGAAGGAGGAUCCCUAGUCAGUUGUUAUUGUUCUCAGAAAGGGGGAAGGAGGAUCCUUAGUCAGUUGUUAUUGUUCUCAGAAAGGGGGAAGGAGGAUCCCUAGUCAGUUGUUAUUGUUCUCAGAAAGGCGGAAGAAGGAUCCCUAGUCAGUUGUUGUUGUUCUCAGAAAGGGGGAAGGAGGAUCCUUAGUCAGUUGCACAACUGAAUGCAUUCAGAUGUGUCUUCCGCAUUUAACCCAAACCCUCUAAAUCAGAGAGGUGCAGGGGGCUGCCUUAACCGACGUCCACGUCAUCGGCGCACAGGGAGCAGUUGUUGUGGGGGUUAACUUCCUUGCUCAAGGGCAGAACGGCAGAUUUUUCCACCUGCGGCCCCAAGCUUCAAGGGGAACAGAAAACAUCAGCGUAUCUAAAAUGUCUUCCUGUUCCUCUUUUUCUCACCUCUCCAUUUCUCUCUCUAUUUUUUUCUCACCUCGUUCUAUAUCGCUGAAGCUCUCUGCCUGAGCGGCCCAUGUGUCGGAUCUGUCAUGACGGAGGGGGUCAGGAGGAGCUGCUCUCCCCCUGUGAGUGUGCAGGGACCCUGGGUACCAUCCACCGGAGCUGCCUGGAGCACUGGCUUUCUGCCUCCGGCACCAGCGCUUGUGAGCUCUGCCACUACCAGUUCACUGUACAGAGGAAGAACCGGCCAAUGAUGGAGGUACAGUAUACAGAAGCAUAAGUACACACAUGCACACACACACAAAACACAGCAUGUAGAAAGACCAUUGUCAUACUGACAUGCUACCCAUACUAUACAUACCACCUCACAUAUACUGUGCAUGGCCCAUCAUACUGUGCAUGGCCCUUCAUACUGUGCAUGGCCCAUCAUACUGUGCAUAGCCCUUCAUACUGUGCAUAGCCCUUCAUACUGUGCAUAGCCCUUCAUACUGUGCAUGGCCCUUCAUACUGUGCAUGGCCCAUCAUACUGUGCAUGGCCCUUCAUACUGUGCAUGGCCCUUCAUACUGUCCCCUGUAGCUCAGUUGGUAGAGCAUGGCGAUUGCAAUGCCAGGGUUGAGGGUUCGUUUCCCACGGGGGGCCAGUAUGAAAAUGAAAAUGUAUGCACUCACUAACUGUAAGUCGCUCUGGAUAAGAGCGUCUGCUAAAUGACUCAAAUGUAAAUGCAAUACUGUGCAUGGCCCAUCAUACUAUGCAUGGCCCUUCAUACUGUGCAUGGCCCUUCAUUCUGUGCAUGGCCCUUCUCGCCCAAUCUGUCCACAUAAUCCCAACAAACACAUACAGUGAGGGAAAAAAGUAUUUGAUCCCCUGCUGAUUUUGUACGUUUGCCCACUGACAAAGACAUGAUCAGUCUAUAAUUUUAAUGGUAGGUUUAUUUGAACAGUGAGUGACAGAAUAACAACAAAUAAAUCCAGAAAAACGCCUGUCAAAAAUGUUAUGAAUUGAUUUGCAUUUUAAUGAGGGAAAUAAGUAUUUGACCCCUCUGCAAAACAUGACUUAGUACUUGGUGGUAAAACCCUUGUUGGCAAUCACAGAGGUCAGACAUUUCUUGUAGUUGGCCACCAGGUUUGCACACAUCUCAGGAGGGAUUUUGUCCCACUCCUCUUUGCAGAUCUUCUCCAAGUCAUUAAGGUUUCGAGGCUGACGUUUGGCAACUCAAACCUUCAGCUCCCUCCACAGAUUUUCUAUGGGAUUAAGGUCUGGAGACUGGCUAGGCCACUCCAGGACCUUAAUAUGCUUCUUCUUGAGUCACUCCUUUGUUGCCUUGGCCAUGUGUUUUGGGUCAUUGUCAUGCUGGAAUACCCAUCCACAACCCAUUUUCAAUGCCCUGGCUGAGGGAAGGAGGUUCUCACCCAAGAUUUGACAGUACAUGCCCCGUCCAUCGUCCCUUUGAUGCGGUGAAGUUGUCCUGUCCCCUUAGCAGAAAAACACCCCCAAAGCAUAAUGUUUCCACCUCCAUGUUUUAUGUUGGGAUGGUGUUCUUGGGGUCAUAGGCAGCAUUCCUCCUCCUCCAAACACGGCGAGUUGAGUUGAUGCCAAAGAGCUCGAUUUUGGUCUCAUCUGACCACAACACUUUCACCCAGUUCUCCUCUGAAUCAUUCAGAUGUUCAUUGGCAAACUUCAGACGGGCCUGUAUAUGUGCUUUCUUGAGCAGGGGGACCUUGCGAGCGCUGCAAGAUUUCAGUCCUUCACGGCGUAGUGUGUUACCAAUUGUUUUCUUGGUGACUAUGGUCCCAGCUGCCUUGAGAUCAUUGACAAGAUCCUCCCAUGUAGUUCUGGGCUGAUUCCUCACCAUUCUCAUGAUCAUUGCAACUCCACGAGGUGAGAUCUUGCAUGGAGCCCCAGGCCGAGGGAGAAUGACAGUUAUUUUGUGUUUCUUCCAUUUGCGAAUAUUCGCACCAACUGUUGUCACCUUCUCACCAAGCUGCUUGGCGAUGGUCUUGUAGCCCAUUCCAGCCUUGUGUAGGUGUACAAUCUUGUCCCUGACAUACUUGGAGAGCUCUUUGGUCUUGGCCAUGGUGGAGAGUUUGGAAUCUGAUUGAUUGAUUGCUUCUGUGGACAGGUGUCUUUUAUACAGGUAACAAGCUGAGAUUAGGAGCACUCCCUUUAAGAGUGUGCUCCCAAUCUCAGCUCGUUACCUGUAUAAAAGACACCUGGGAGCCAGAAAUCUUUCUGAUUGAGAGGGGGUCAAAUACUUAUUUCCCUCAUUAAAAUGCAAAUCAAUUUAUAACAUUUUUGACAUGCAUUUUUCUGGAUUUUUUUGUUGUUAUUCUGUCUCUCACUGUUCAAAUAAACCUACCAUUAAAAUUAUAGACUGAUAAUUUCUUUGUCAGUGGGCAAACGUACAAAAUCAGCAGGGGAUCAAAUACUUUUUUCCCUCACUGUAUGUUUGUCCGCGCUGGUCUUAAAACCAGUCCUGCUCUUCAUGUUACAUCAAAACAACAUGCCAAAGGAUUUUGUUGGGCUCUUGCUAUCUUUAGUGAAUCUGUCAUUUGUAGUUAUAAGCUGUGGUGUGUGUGUGUGUGUGUGUGUGUGUGUGUGUGUGUGUGUGUGUGUGUGUGUGUGUGUGUGUGUGUGUGUGUGUAAAGUUUGGUCUAUAUGCACAGAUGGAAUGUGAAGUGAAGGGGGUUGAAGACACUUUGGGCUUCUGGUAAACAUUCCAUGACACUUCUCACACUCCACUUCCUCUAUAGUCUCAGCACUUACACACGUAGUCAACCAAUCCUCCAUGUUACUGUGGGUUUUAUCAUCAGUGUAACACUAGUGUGACUCUGUGUGUCUUAUUAGCAAUGUAACAGUUAAAAGUGCAUGUCUUUCUGGGGUGAGUUUCCCGAAAGGUCUUAAAUUGCUAAAUAAUUGUCAACACAGCAAAAACAUCUAGUCAUCUGUACUCUGUAAAUUAAUACUGCAAGUGAAUUAAUUAUGAACUCCAAAUGAGUUUCGGUUCUUGUGGUAAUAAGUAACCUCACCGCUAAUAUCAAUUGUAUUUCUCUUACCCCUCAUUUCCCCAUUUUUUGUGGAAUGAAUUCGACCACAGUAAUAAUGUGUGUUCCUAUGUGUGUGAUUGUGUUAGUGUCCUCGUCUCCACAAUAACCUCUAGCUAACACGUUAUUACCCCCUAGCAUCUCCUCUAUUCUUUGUGCGUCAGGACACUGCCUCCAUAUAUAAUAUAUAAUUGGACAGUGGUGGUGCGAAGUGGUUGUUUGGUGGUAAUUACACCCAUACCAUGCAGGUUGACUCGCUGGUAGCGUUUCUCAUCAGACCCGGGUUCAACUACUAUUCAGAAACGUUCCAAUACAUUGACCGUUUGCUUAAGCCUGUCUGGUGUGCCGGAUUGGUGGGAUUUGCCAUUUUGGGACUGUUCUAUUGGUUCCACUGUGCUAGGUGAACUCAAUCAAGCACAGCUGAAGUAACUGAAAAGAUUUCAAAUCGUAUUUGAACCCAGGUCUGAUUCCUCAUAAAUAUGAAUAUAAUAUCUAAUCAAUAUAUCGUGCCUCAUCAUCUGGAUCAUAAGCAGAGCUCUGUUGCAUGGGGUUUUGAGGAUGCACCAGGAUUGUAUUUAUUUAUUCUUGGAGCCAAGGACUUUUAAUAUUGAGAAACCACAGAUAGUGUGGGUUGGUUUGCGAUUGAAGUUCUCGUUAUGUUCAGGAGAAGUCUACUUUCCAAAUAUUUUAAGAAUAGUCUCUAAUUAAAGAUGCACUCUCUAACUUUUGUAUAAUUUCAUCCAAUAGUUUUGAAAGUGAUGCUCACAAGCCAAAUGUCAUAAAAUGGUGCAAUAUGUUAUCCAUUUCUUAUGAUGUGUUACAUCCUGAAAAUCAUACAAAUGUGAUUGUGGUCCUCUGUAGCUCAGCUGGUAGAGCACGGCGCUUGUAACGCCAAGGUAGUGGGUUCGAUCCCCGGGACCACCCAUACACAAAAAAAAUUAAAAUAAAAUGUAUGCACGCAUGACUGUAAGUCGCUUUGGAUAAAAGCGUCUGCUAAAUGGCAUAUUAUUAUUAUUAUUUACUAUAUGUUACCAAUUUGUUGUGAUCCUGGAGUGCAUCUUUAAUAUACUGAAACCAAAAAUAUUGUUGGGUAGUUAGCAAUCCAAGCUAGCUGUGUAUCCAAGCGCAUGUGGCUUUGGAAUAGAGGCAGUAUGCAGACCAUAAGUGAUCAAAUGUCAUAGCUAAAUCAGCAAGGCAUCAAACAAGCAACAUAGCUGGUUGGGUGAUCAUUUGAUUGGCUCUAGCCCAACCUAACCCAGUCCCAGCAGACCCGGCCGGCAUCCUGUUUUAGAGUAAUCCAGUUAUACUCUCCUAUCUCCUAACAUAUUGCUAUCAAACUCAGUUAGCAAUUUUCUGUUGCAUGAUAGCAAUACACUGCACCUCCAGUUCCUGUUAGCUGGAAGAACAUAAAACAAUAUAAUGGUGUUAGCUGAGCAAAUCUAGAAUUUACUGUAACAAGACCUCGAAAACCCAAGGGUGGUUACCAGAGCCCUCUACUACAGUACAUACCUGGUUUGAGGAAUUAGAGAGGUAACUUUGGUCAACUGAGUUAAACUCGGGAUAACCGGUACGGGAUAACCGGUACCACGAAAGUGGCUCACCUUUUAACCAGGUACAUUUCUAUGGCAAUGAAUCCUUCAGAACUAACCUGCUCCUGGGCAGGCUAACUCCAUUUAUACUGAAUGAAGUGAGAGUCGGGAGCUGAGGAAGAAUGAAAUCAGAUUCCCUCUCUCUCGCAAAGAUUGUCUUUCUCAAAUAAAGGGGAUGAUGAUGCAAUGUUUUUGUGUUAAAAAAUAGCUAUGUUAAAAUACCCAUCACAUUACACAUUUAGUAAUUACAGAAUGCAUUUGAAACUUUACGCACAGUAAAACUUGUGUAUGACUUAAUACAAUAAUUGUAUCGAUAGGAGUGGGAAAAAAGGUGCUUGUGCAUUGAUAAGGACAACAAAGACGACAUUAACGAUAAGUACUACAAUAGACGGGAUGGUUGUUUAGCAACAAAACCGACCCGUGCGCAACUAUGGGGCAAAACAGACAGGGUUGACUUAGACUGUUGACAACAUGUAAACUAUAUUUACUCUCUAAAUGUUUAUUGAAAAUAUAAAUACGUUUGCACAAUGAGCACUUGUCUUUCAAAAACAUAUUUUCAGUUGUUGGUUAGCUAGCUAGCACGUUUUUGCCUUAUUAACCUUAUCCUUCAAAACAAACAUGGUAUCAAUAACAAGAUACAACGAGCUGAAACGAGUCAGGGGGAAUCGUUGCUAGCUACCGGACCUCCGGCCACAUCAAUGCACGCGCAUCAUUUUCAUGACGUUGUCAGCCAAACAGCUUCAACAAGCGUAUUUCACACCAUAGCCUGCUGAACUUUAUUUCAUUUUGAUUUCGGCACAAAUGGAAAUGUGGCACUGACUCGCCCAUGAAUUGAUGUUUCGGUUGUUAGCAAAAAGGUGACAUUUUCUCUCCUCUCUCCCUCUCUAGUGGGUGCGUAACCCGGGCCUGCGCCAGGAAAAGCGGACGCUGUUCGGCGACAUGGUGUGCUUCCUGCUCAUCACGCCUCUGGCCACAAUCUCCGGGUGGCUGUGUCUGCGGGGGGCCGUGGACCAUCUGCACUUUUCCAGCCGCCUGGAGGCCGUGGGCCUCAUCACUCUCACCGUGGCCCUCUUCACCAUCUACCUCUUCUGGACCCUGGUGAGUAGGGGGGAGGGAGGGUGGGAGCCAGUAAAUCUCAGAGGUCAGCCUGAAUUUGGGCAUUUCUUGUGCAUAUUGGGCAAAUUCGUUCCCGUUUUCACUUGAUGUGUCUGUGAAGCAAAACCCUUGCACAAAUACAUCUCAUUCACAAAUAUAUCAUAAGAGGACACAUAUAAAAACCGUUUGACUGGUAAUGAAAAAUAAACCAAGACUCUCUGGAUCCUCCAUUCCUGUUGUGUAUCCUGUAGGAUCCUCUUUUCAGGGUGCUAUGCAGGAAAUAGGAAUGCUACCCUGGGAACUUAGCACUUUUAGUCAGCUACUUGGGUUGCUAAGGGUAAAAAGUUGCCCUUAGGCACAGAUCUAGGAUCAGCUUACCCUGUCCCAAUUCUAGACAUUACUCAACACAAAACCAACCUCAGACCAGCGUCUAGGACAGGGAUGGGCAACAUUGAUGGGGGUGAGGAUCACAAAAAAUCUGAACUCAUCAUGAGAGGCUGCAGUUGCUUGUGGGUCUGUGUACCCCCCAGAUAGCUGGCCACUAGACUAAUUUACCAAUCUGAAAAAAGUUAGCUGACAUUGGCUAAUUGAAUGACUAUCAGUGACUGACAUAAGAGAAAAACUGCUGAUGCACAACCAAAUUUCAAAAUGUCACCUUGUGUAUUCUACUAUUCUAACUUGCAACAGUAAGUUGAGACAGACUGCGAUUUUGUAAUUUUUAUUUUUUUAUGUAUUGAUCAGAGGGCCUUCAAAAUGUGGCCCGCCAGCUGCCCAUCUCUGGUCUAGGGGCAACAUCUUCCUAUUCCACUUGUUUGGGCUUAAUGCAUUACAGUAGUGGGCACAGUAUCUACACUAUCUUAACCUGAUUUGACCUCUCUCUACCACAGGUGUCGCUCAGGUAUCACUGUCGGCUGUACAACGAAUGGCGGCAGACCAAUCAGAGGGUGGUCCUUCUCCUCCCCAGGUCACAUGGUGAACAGUUUGCUCCGCCCUCUUUAAGAGGUCCGUCACGCGAAAAACGGCCAUCCAAAGAGACUAUUGUCUGA